CAAACGACCUUCUAGCGGAUAGAACGCGGAGUUUUUCGCGCUACCAACUAGUUAGUAUAUAUAACACGUUAAAAUGUAAUAAUCUGAUAAUAUCUCUUUUAAUACUCAUGAAAUUGCAUUGAUUUAACGUUACUUUAAACUGAAAAUAGGACGUCAGUAAGUAAUGUGUUGAAGUAUGGCAUCACUUAGAGACAGACGGAUUAAAGGCGCUUCUCAAACAACAAACAUGCGCGAGGAGAUUUCAGUUAAAAAGGAGUUUCACGUCCCACCUUUGAGUGUCACAAUGAAAGAGAGCAAGAAGAAGAGGAAAGACACAACAAAAGAGAAAAAGAAGUCGAGGAAUGGCAUUAACCAGAUAAGGGAUUCAGAGAAACUCCGGACAGAACAGUGGAACAACGGAGAGAUGAGUGAUGUUCAUAGCAAAGGUCAAGCCAAAGCCAAAGAACUAAAGAGCAGGCAAUCCAAAAAUCCCAAGGGUGUAUCAGAAGUGGUUCCCACAGAGGAGGACAACUCUGAUUUGACUCAGCUUGAACAGGACAGCUUGAGGUGGGAAGGAGCUCUUGAAGACCCCACUGCAGAGGCACAACGGUUAGAGGUCUACAGAGCCAACCGCCGUAAACGUUAUAUGGCAUCAAGACAGGCUUUUCUACAAAAUAUUCAAAACUCAAACUCUUCAAAACUAAAUACACUGAACAAGCCUGGAGUUAUAGCAUGAAGUCUUAUAUUCA